AUGGAUGCAGAACGGGGUAAGGAAAGUGAAGUCCUUCAGGUCACCGACAAUGACAAUAGGGACCAAGAGAGACCGAGGAGACCAUGUGACGGGACUUGUCACGCCAAGGAGAUCCUACAGAGCCUAAAUAGAGACCGAGAGUGCGGCCUCUUCACAGACGUCAUCCUCCAAGUGGAUAGUCGCAGAUUCUUCUGCCACAAAGUCAUUCUGUCCUCCAAAAGUUCUUACUUUAGAGCCAUGUUUACCCUCUGCUUUAAGGAGAGCUCUGACCACGUGGUGAGCCUUGAGAAGAUCUCCGCUCCAGUUAUGGGCCUGAUCCUGGACUUCGUGUACGAGGGAAGGAUCUUCAUCAAAGAAGACAACGUGGAGGACAUCUUACAGGCCUCAGAUCUCCUCCACAUCUGCAGUCUUCGAGACGAGUGCGUGAAGUUUCUGGACGGCCAACUGGACCCGUCCAACUGUGUGGGCAUCAUGAAGUUUGCCGACAUGUUCUCCAUCACCUCCUUGUCUGAGAAAAGUAAGAAGCUGAUGCUGGAAGGCUUCGAGGAAGUCUCCUGCCAUGAGGAGUUCUUGGAGUUGACUAAAGAGGAACUGACGGAGUAUUUGUCCAAUGAUGAUCUGGUGGUGAGCAAAGAAGAGAUUGUGUAUGAAGCCGUCAUGAGGUGGGUGAAGGAGAAGAAGACCAAAGGAAGAGAAGCCCUGAAGGACCUUCUGGAGCAUGUCAGGUUACCAUUGAUGGAUCCGGCUUAUUUUCUGGAGAAAGUGGAAAUGGACAAGACCAUCCAAGAAUGUCCCGAGUGUUUCCCGCUCCUUCACGAGGCUCGGAUUUAUCACAUUCUUGGAGACCCCGUGACAUCUCGAAGAGUGAGACCAAGAAGGUUUAUGGAAGUGUCGGAGCUCAUUGUUGUUAUUGGCGGCAGUGAUCAGAAGGGAAUCCUAAAGUUACCGUACAUAGACAGCUACGACCCCCGGACGGGGCAGUGGACGUCGCUCUCUAUGUUUCCUGGGUACACGAAAUCUGAGACCGCCACGUGUGCCCUGAAGAAUAACAUCUACGUCUCCGGGGGUCAUAUAAACAGCCGCCACGUCUGGAUGCUCAACGCGCAGGUUAACAGCUGGGUAAAGAUGGCGUCACUGAACACGAACCGCAGGGGGCACGGCAUGGCCGCCUUAAAGGGACAGAUUUACGCUGUCGGUGGAUUUGACGGUCAGAAGAGAUUGUCUACGGUGGAGCGGUACAACUCCUUCACCAACACUUGGACCCCGGUGACCUCCAUGUUGGCAGCUGUAAGUUCCGCUGCGGUGGUCUCCUGUGCGAACAAGCUGUAUGUCAUUGGCGGGGCCCUAGAGGAUUAUGGGAAGACAGAUAAGGUUCAGUGUUACAAUCCUGAGGAAGAUAACUGGACGUACGCGUCUCCUGCCCCUUCCUGUACGGACGGCAUCAGCGGGGUCGAAAUCGAGGGGACUAUUUAUGUUGUCGGAGGGCUCAUGAGCGCCAUCUUCAGCUACCACCCAAGCAACGACACAUGGCGGGAGGAGGCUUUAUUACCAGGACCUUUGGAACGUUGUGGUGCGGCGGUGUAUAGAGGAAAGCUCUACAUAAUGGGAGGCAGGAGUGACAAUGGAGAAGCCACCGACAAAUGUUUAGUGUUUGAUCCUAAAACCAAGACGGUAUCUGAAGAGCGGCCAUUGCUCCGAUCCACCAGUCAUCACGGCUGCGUCACCAUCCUGCAGAAACUAUGAUCGGACAUGGGACGUGAGCAACCAAAAGGCCCGGGGGGGGGGGGGGAUGAUGAUGAUGGGGGAGGGAAGAGACAAAGCAGAGGAGAACAUGGUCAAUCUGUUUUAUGCAGAGCCGCCCUCUAAAUCAGUGAUUUCGAGACGAUAUUUCUUUAAAUAUUACAAUUUUAGAACUUUAUUGGCCCAAGGCCUAGGCUGCACCCCUGAGUGAUUCAGAUGACAUCACUUCCUGUUAGGUUCAGUGUUGUCAUGGAGACCUAAUUCACUGAAUGCAACAGUAUCGGCAUCCGGCCAGGCUUUAUAAUGUAAAGUAUAGCAAAAGCUCACACUCAGGGGCACUCAGAGGCUAGGACCUGUGGUCGGUCCAAAAAUAUUUAUAUAUUUUUUUUACAUUUUCAUUUUGCAAUCUAUAUUUUAUAAUAGUCCUGGAAUCCUGCAGUUUCUAUUCUGGCCACUAGGUGUAAAACUAGGAAGAGACUUCCUGUUCUGAACAGAUCAUUUCCCAGUAAUGAAUUUCUUUUUAUGAGUACAGUAAAUGGUGACACCAGUAUAAAGAUAACACUAGAUCCACAACUAUUCACAGCAGAGAUCAGCCUCCUUCUCCCUUUAUAUAUAUAACACUGGAUCCACCACCAUUCACAGCAGAGAUCAGCCUCCCCUUCCCUGUAUAUAGAUAACACUGGGUCCACCACCAUUCACAGCAGAGAUCAGAGUCCCCCUCCCUGUAUAUAGAUAACACUGGCUCCACCACCAUUCACAGCAGAGAUCAGCCUCCCCUCAUGAAUAUAGAUAACACUGGAUCCACUACCAUUCACAGCAGUGAUCAGCCUCACCCUCAUGUAUAUAGAUAAUACUGGAUCCACUACCAUUCACAGCAGAGAUCAGCCUCCCCCUCAUGUAUAUAGAUAACACUGGAUCUACUACCAUUCACAGCAGAGAUCAGCCUCCCCCUCCAUGUAUAUAGAUAACACUGGAUCCACCACCAUUCACAGCAGAGAUCAGCCUCCCCCUCAUGAAUAUAGAUAACAUUGGAUCCACUACCAUUCACAGCAGAGAUCAGCCUCCCCCUCCAUGUAUGUAGAUAACACUGGAUCCACCACUAUUCACAGCAGUGAUCAGCCUCCCCCUCAUGUAUAUAGAUAAUACUGGAUCCACUACCAUUCACAGCAGAGAUCAGCCUCCCCCUCAUGUAUAUAGAUAACACUGGAUCUACUUCCAUUCACAGCAUAGAUCAGCCUCCCCCUCCAUGUAUAUAGAUAACACUGGAUCCACCACCAUUCACAGCAGAGAUCAGCCUCCCCCUCCCUGUAGAAUGCAUACCUCCCAACUUUUGCUAAGGGCAAAGAGGGACAAGCCACACCCCUAACAACACCCCUAACCACGCCCCAACCACGCCUGCAGCUGCAGAAUGGGAAUACCUCUUUAGGGUCUAGUCACAUGUACAGUAUCCUGGGCAGGAGGUGAAGCUGUAUUUAUUCAUUUAUUUAUAUUGAAAUCUGUAGCAGAAAAUCCUAUUAAUCAAAUCUGCACAGAAUACUGUACGUGUGAAUAGACCAUUAUUAGCAAUAAAGACCUCCUAUACUGACAGCCUGACAACAACCCCCAUCAUUACACUACAGACAAUAUAAGAGAUUACAUACAGUUAUAUCAGGUGACUGACAACAACCCCCAUCAUUACCACUACAAACCAUAUAAGAGAUUACAUACAGUUAUAUCAGGUGACUGACAACAACCCCCAUCAUUACACUACAGACAAUAUAAGAGAUUACAUACAGUUAUAUCAGGUGACU